UUAAACAUCACCAGGAAUUGCUAUUACGGGAUUUUGAUAAGAAUUUUGAAGAAAGUGAGAUAGUAAAUAGUAAAUACCAUAAUGAACUAGCUACCAAAAACUAUCUCAAGACUAUUGUGAAUGCUUUGAAAUCUAAACAGGAACUUGAUCCAGUUGAAUUAAGAGAGUUCAAGAAUAUUUAG